AUCCAUCGCUUCAACAGUCCAAGUCGACGCUGGUCCUCUUCCGCGGUCACCACCCAUAUUCUCAGGCGACGUAUGCAUAUCAUGAUUUCCUCAUCCCCUCUCCGACUCAACGAAAGAUAUACCUCUAUCGCCAGGGAUCGUCGAUGCACUUUUGAGAGAUGCCCCAAGCUACGCGAACGUCGAUCUCAUCCGCUCGGGAACGCUUCCAAAUUUCAGGAAACUGCGCACAUUUUAUCGAUGAUCCAAGCGCUGUACAAGGUUCUGGUAAAUGAAAAGAGAAAAGCUGCUAUCAACCUUUGUCGGGCCAUGAUUGCGCCCAUACUCCGCGUCCCUCGCCAGGUCCUCCUCAUAAUACUGGACAUAGCCCUACCCGUUGAGCUGUGGAAUGGCAGGUUAAUUGACCGUGCAACCCCUUCCUGAAAGUCUGUCACUACUGGCGCGAAGAAACAGGAGCACCCACUGCUGUUGCUGCUCGUAACAAUCUUUGCGCAAGAGAGGUCAAGGACAGAGAACCAAGAUACUGCACCGAACAUCACUAGCCUCGACUUCUGGAUGGAAAGCACCGACAAGCCCAUUGUAUA